AUGUCGAUCGUCCAUCUGCAGAGCGUCGAGAUCCUCAAUGCCGAGGCACGCUUCGAGGACGCAUACAUUUUCAAGAUCACCUUCGAGUGCAUCUCGCCGCUGCAAGACGACAUCGAGUGGCGCCUCGUCUAUGUCGGCUCGGCAGGCGACGAAAAGUACGAUCAGGAACUCGACAAUUGCAUGGUUGGCCCAGUCCCAGUCGGGGUGAAUUCGUUCGAGUUUGAAGCAGCUGCACCUUCACCGUCCAAGAUUCCGCCCGAGGACCUGUUGGGUGUCACGGUGAUUCUGCUCACAGCGUCGUAUCGCGAUCAGGAGUUCAUCCGCGUCGGAUACUACGUCAACAAUGCCUACGAGUCCGAAGAGCUGCGCGAAAACCCACCGGAAGUAGUCGACCUCACCAAAGUCCGACGCUCCGUUCUUGUCGCCAAACCACGCGUAACGCGCUUCAACAUCAAGUGGGACGACGCACCCACAGCACCAUCCCAACCCGAACCAACGCCUGUACAGUAA